UUGUCCAAAACCACAUAAAUUCAUCAAAUUCAUGCCCUUUCCGCCUUAUCUAACCCAAAAUGCUCACCCCUACUCUUACCCCUACCUGAACGUUACGCUAGAUCCGAAACGCCGUGUCGCCGCGAGAAGACACCAAUACCAUGAGUGA